GCUGUGUGUAGGAGGGGCUCAUGCUGCAUUCUUCCAGAGUCCAGAACGCAAUACUGUUAGAGAGGAGUCAGAGGACGAGUACUGAAACCAAUGGCAGCUUCCUUGUUUUGUACUCAAGUCUGCCGGUGGCUAACACUUCACAGAGUAGUCAGAACAGGAAACCUUGCUUUUACAGCCUCUCAUAUACAUACAACUGGAAGAUCAAUGCAAGAGAGUCAGGAAGACUUUGAAAAGGCCCAACAGAACCUGAAAUUGUUGAAAAAAGAUCCUGGCAACGAUGUAAAGUUGAAGCUCUAUGCCCUGUUUAAGCAGGCAGCGCAAGGCCCUUGUAACACUCCUAAACCAGGUAUGUUGGACUUUGUCAACAAAGCAAAGUGGGAUGCAUGGAAUUCUUUAGGGACUAUAUCGAAGGAUAACGCCAGGAAGUCUUAUAUUGAACUAGUUUCUAGUUUGGUGUCUUCUGAAACUCCUGCUAAAGAUAUAACUAUGUCCAGCACUGGUCAUCAAAAAUAUGAAAGCCUACAGGUUUCUAACGAGGAUAACAUUACUAAAAUUAUUUUGAACCGUCCAGAAAAGAAAAAUGCAAUUACUCAUCAGAUGUACAGUGAGCUUGUGCGGGCUUUAGAGGCAGCUGGAAAAGAUGAAUCCGUUAUCACAGUCUUAACGGGACUUGGUGAUUAUUUCUGCAGUGGCAAUGAUCUAAACAAUUUUACCAAUAUACCUCCGGAGGGCAAAGAAAAAAUGGCAAAAGAUGCAGCAGUUCUUUUAGAGGGCUUUGUCAGCUCAUUCAUUGAUUUUCCUAAGCCUCUCAUUGCUGUGGUAAAUGGACCUGCAGUUGGAAUUUCUGUGACAAUCCUUGGGUUGUUUGAUCUUGUAUAUGCCACUGAUAGGGCCACUUUCCACACUCCAUUUAGCCAGUUAGGACAAACGCCAGAGGGCUGUUCUUCAUAUACAUUCCCCAAGAUAAUGGGCUUAGCUAAGGCCUCGGAGGUACUUCUCUUCAACAAGAAGCUGACCGCACACGAAGCUUGUAAAUUGGGACUAGUCACUGAGGUUUUCCCUGAUAGCACUUUCCAGCGAGAAGUUUGGGAAAAGUUGAAAGUAUAUUCCAGUCUCCCCAAAAACUCUUUGGCUUUCUCCAAGCAACUGAUCCGCUCAACAGAGAAAGAGAAGUUGCAUGCAGUGAAUGUCCAAGAGUGUGAACGCCUUAUAGAGAGGUGGUUGUCCGAUGAGUGCAUGAACGCCAUCAUUAGUUUUUUCCAGCAGAAAGCAAAGUUGUGAUUUCAGCACUUUUUAAUAAAAAAAGUAAAUAGUUUUUGAACUGUA